UUUGAGAAAAAUAAAGAAAAGAAAUCAAGGGGGAAGAAAGAAAAGGAGAAAAGAGUAAAUCCAAACCUAAGCAUCACCGGCCGACGAUGCUUCGCCGAGUUCUUCUUUCGCUGUUCUUGGUCCUUCCUCUCCUCUUCUUCUUGGCCGGCGAAGCCAAAACCCUGGAUCCUUACAAGGUCCUUGGGGUUGAUAAAAAUGCUAGUCAGCGUGAUAUUCAAAAAGCCUUUCACAAGCUAUCUCUGCAGUACCACCCUGAUAAGAAUAAAAAUAAGGGUGCACAGGAGAAAUUUGCUGAGAUCAACAAUGCAUAUGAAAUUCUCUCAGAUGAAGAGAAGAGGAAGAACUAUGAUUUGUAUGGAGAUGAGAAGGGUAACCCAGGAUUUGAUGGAGGUAAUUUUGGGAAUCAAGAUGGAUAUACAUACUUCACCACUGGUGGCCCUGGAAGCAGUUACUUUACCUCUAACCCUGGUGGAUGGCAGACAAUGGGUGGCCAAGGAAAUACAAAGACUUUUUCCUUCUCCUUUGGUGGCGAUCAUGGUGCUGGUGGAAAUCCAUUUGGUUUUAACUUUGGUGAUAUAUUUUCCAACUUUUUUGGUGGUGGGAUGAAUGCUGGGAACCAUUAUGGUGGUUUCGGUAGCUCGGGUGGACCGAGCUCCAGAUCUGCUACUUCUGGGAGCCUUGAGGAUGUCAAUUCACAUUUUUUUAACAAACAAAUAAGUGGUCAAGGCUUGACUUGGCUUCUGUUAUUUUAUACACCUUCUGCCAGGGGAUAUCAUGUAUUAGAAUCCAUUGUAGAGGAUGUUGCGAGUUCAUUACAUGGAGCAUUAAAGGCUGGUAGGAUAAAUUGCCUUAGUGAACAGACUUUGUGUAAGGAUCUUGGUGUAUCAGCCGCCAAAUCAGCUCGUUUGUUCAUUUACUCAUAUAAAUCUUGUGAAAAGGGCUCAUUGGUAGAAUAUGGUGGCGAAUUUGAUGUUAGGAGUCUGAAAAGCUUCUCUCAGGACCAACUACCAAGAUUUUCGAAACGUGUAGACCUUGGUCGGUUUGAUUUUUCCUCGAGCACCUCAAAUCUUCCGCAAGUUUUACUGCUCUCGACUAAGAAAGAUACACCAGUUAUGUGGCGUGCUAUCAGUGGCUUGUAUUGCAAACACUUUGUAUUUUAUGAUGCAGAGGUUCAUGAUGUUUCACACCCUACUUUAAAAAGGUUUGGUGUGAAGGAGCUUCCGGCUGUUGUUGGUAGACUUGCAAAUGGUGAGGAGUAUGUUCUGAGAGCACGAAUCACUGUAAAGGAUCUAAAAGCUGGCAUCAAUGAGUUGGGAGCAUUGCUUGAAAGUUUUGAGAAAAAUAAGAAGGCAACUUCAAACCAGGCCAAGAAAUCAUCACAGACAGAAUCACAGGAGGGCAAUGUUCCUUUACUCACGUCUCUGAAUGUGGAUAAUAUUUGUGGAGACAGGACUCCCGUAUGCAUCAUAGGUGCCUUCAGGUCAUCGAAAGCUAAAGAGAAGCUAGAAGCCAUUCUGUCAGCGGUCUCCCAGAAGUCAUUAGUGAGGCGACAAAACCUGGCUGAGAACUCUGGCGAUUCAAUCUCUUACUCUCUGCUGGAUGCCUCCAAGCAUUCGGCGUUUCUGUAUUCCUUUGACAGGUCAGGGUUCAGGUCCUUCGAUAAGCUUCUGGUGGCUUACAAGCCUCGAAAAGGGAAAUUUGCAGUUUAUACAGAUGAAGUUACAAUGGAGGAAGCAGAGAAGUUUGUCGGUUCUGUUCUUAAUGGGGAUAUCCGGUUCUCUAAGAUUCGUCAGAAACCUGUUUUUAGAUGAGUCUUGAGAAUAGCGAGACUUGCAAAUUUUGAGAAGUUAGCAUAUAGAUUUGUUCUUCUCCAGGCUGCACUUUCUUGGUAGACUUGAAACUCCAAAGAUGACAUUCUAAUCUACAGCUGUAGUAUAUAACCAGUUCCAGAUCUUACCGCUGCCUGAUUGUGUGCGCAGCUCUAUGCUUGUGGUUCCUGGCAUAAGCGAGUAUGUUAUUGUUUUCAUCUGCCGGCGGUGCUGGAGAAAAUGAGGGAAGACAUCAGCAAGGUUUGUAAUUGUUGCGUCUUUGUAUAGAGAGAGAAAGGAGAUGGCAACCCAAGAAAAAGGGUUUAUAAGUACAACAUAUGUACUUUAAUUCAUCAAUGAAGAUUUCUUGUUUAUUCUCUUAAAACAAA